AGUGUUCUGCUUUACUUUUCUGUAGUUAUGGCCACUUUCUUUGUUGUUGUAGUGAAUAGUUAUUAGAAUGGGGGACACGUUUUUACGCCCGAGAAAGUUUAUUUUCUCAUAAGUUACCAAUAACUGGCUGUAUGGCUGAAAUUACGUUAGCCUGAACUUACUCAGACUGCUAAUCUCUCCAGAUUGAAGGAUGCGAGCGAGUGGAGUUACAUGUUAUUUGUUUUUCAUUUUAUCGAAAGGAAAAUGAGGAAAGAACAUGACUUUUUCUUAUCAUUUUAAACUACGAGGGGUUGUUUACAAAAGGGGACAAGGGGGGAAAUGAGACUCUGCUAGCACAAGAAGACGCAUAAAGACAGUUGAAAUCAUAAAUCCUGUGGCACUCCUGUCAUUGCUGAUCAUUUCCGUAUUAAUUGAUACCAGAUUACAUGGAUUUUUCUGUCCACCUUUGCAACGAUAUCUGUGAUGCAUUCAUUUAUGGUGGAACUGAUGGUGAACUGACACUUGCCCCCUCUCAACAUGCUGGCUCUGAGGCUGGAGCAAGGCAGACGAGGGGGUGGUGAAGUUGAUCGCCUGCAGAAAGGGGCCACCGUGGCCUGGCAGGGUCGGCAGUCCGGGAGGCCCCCUUCUCAUGAGCAGGGCAUUAACAUCAGGGAGAAGAUCUCCCAGUGGGAAGGUCGCAGUCAGCAGGGCAGCAGCCAGGAUACCGGGUUGAAAGCACACCCUCCAACUGUAUCCCGAACUCUGUCUGGGGAUCUUCUGGGCAGCGGAGGAGGGGCUUCGCGCAAAAGCCAACCUAAGACCUUGGGCUUAGAUUUUCGGGAAUCCCCAGCUCAAGCUGGACAUGGCGUGGUUGGAAGGAAGUCAGAACCUCUGCAGAAAUGUUCCCCUGAAUUUUCAACCACAUCCCCAGGAAAUAAACCACUUGCAGCACAAAUAUUUGUAUCUUGCAAAGUGGAGGCUAACAGUGCUAACUCCACAGGUAAACAAACCCUCACAGCCAAUGGCAACCAAACAACGGCUCGCAUCUUGGAUGUUGAAGUUGUUUCGAAAGCUCUACCUCUGUCAACUGAUGACCAAGAAGACAACAUGCCUGCCGGGAACUUCUACACUUCACGGGGUUUUUGGCGUAAGCUUGAGGGAGACAGACUCCUGUGGGAGAAAGGCAGGGAGUCUUCAGGUGACGCUCAGCCUCCUCCCAAACCUCAGCGGACAUUCCAGUAUCGAGGAGCCAACAACAACAUCUCGGGGCGAUGGGACAGCAGAUCUCCUCAUAACAACCAUUGCAACUUGGGGAGUAGGAGGGUAGCCCACCCACCUAGCUUCCCACCUCCUCCCUGUCCAGUUGCAAAGACUGAUGGGUUUUCAAGGCAUAAAAAAAACAGGAAGUCCUUUGAGUAUGAGGAUGCAGCUCGUCUGACAGUGAAGCAAGGCACGCUGGGAGGCGAGGCGAGGCAGUCAGGCCUUUACCAUGCCUACUCUGACGACAAUAUUUACGAGGACAUUGUCUGUGAAGUGACUAGAGAUAACCCCUAUGAGGAUGUCAAGCUAUCUCCCAUGUGUCUACCAAUUGCAAGGCCUCAAGUCCCAAAGCUGCCUCCUAAACCCCAAACGUUGCAAGGUUACGCUGGCAGAGUGGAGAGGAAGGGUUUCCCAAGUGCAACAGCAUCUAAAUCCACAACCCUCGCAGAAACUCCCAAACCAGCUACACCCAGGCGCACAAGCACACAAAAAACACAAAGGACGCCUCAGUACGUCAACAAGAUUGAGACCAUCUUUGACGACAAGCGCGGGAGGAAGAGAGUGAAGAACCAGGGAGUCUCAGUGAGAGAGGACACCAGCGGGACAGAGAGUGACCCCGAGGACAACACCAAAGGCUCCAGGAGAUCAGUUUACAUCCAGUCUACACUGAAACGUCGGCCUGGCUACCGCACCCUGGAGAGAGACCUGAUCCAGCUGCAGCAGCAGCAGCUUUUCCAGAUCUUCGUGGUGGUGUCGCUGAGAAAAGGCUCCCCAGGAAACACCUACUCCCCUGAAAUCACGCAACAGUUCCCCAAAAUGUUUGAGAAGUCCUCCCGGCUCUCCAGAGAGGCCGAGGAUCAGCUGAAGGUCAUUCCCAAGUUCUGCUUCCCCGACUCAGAGGACUGGAAACCCUCUGCACACAUGCCAAGUGAGACCUUCUCCUUCGUCCUGACCGGAGAAGACGGCAGCCGCUGGUUUUGUUACUGCCGUAAAAUCCUGCCCAGUGGAAAGGGAAAGAGGCUUCCUGAAGUGCACUGUAUUGUCAGCAAGCUGGGCUGUUUCAACCUGUUUGCAAAGAUUCUGGAGGAGGUGGAGAGACGCAGGGAGAUUUCCCCAGCUCUGGUUUACCCUUUUAUGCGUAGUGUGAUGGAGGCCCCGUUUCCAGCCCCCGGGCGCACAGUCACCGUCAAAAGCUUCCUCCCUGGCUCUGGGAAUGAGGUGCUCACUUUAUGUCGGCCAGUGGACUCCAGAUUAGAGCAUGUGGACUUUGACAGUCUGCUGCAGUGUCUCAGUGUCGGGAAACUCCUGCAGGUGUUCGCUUCCCUCCUGCUUGAGAGGAGAGUCAUCUUCAUCGCUGACAAACUUAGCGUGUUGUCUCGGUGUGCCCAUGCGGCACUGGCGCUGCUGUACCCAUUCACCUGGCAGCACACGUUUGUCCCUGUGUUACCAGCCAGUAUGCUGGACAUCAGCUGCUCUCCAACCCCGUUCCUCAUUGGGGUGCUGGCUCCCUGCCUGCCACAGCUGCUGGAGCUGCCCAUUGAGGAGGUGCUCAUAGUGGAUCUGUGUGCAGACAAGUUUGUCAUUCAGCUGGGCGAUGAGGACUGCAUCCUGCCCAGUAAACUGCAGGCAGCACUACAGCAGAUCCUGGAGGAGAGGGAAGACAUCCUGAGACAGGAGGACGGAGACAGAUGUGGAGGCCAGCAGGCUGACUUGAGUUCCCUGGUAUCAGAGGGUUUCGUGCGGUUCUUCGUGGAGCUGGUGGGCCACUAUCCUCUCCACAUGGUGGAGUCCUCCAAUGGAAGCAGGGAGCUUCAGCGUGACAGCUUCCGCAAAUCUCAUCCCUCCCGUGGAGUCCGCCAGUUCCUGCAGCUCUUCAUGGAUACUCAGAUGUUCGCUGGCUUCAUUCAGGACAAAGAGCUGCGCAAGGGAGGAGGAAGAGGUCUGUUUGAAGUCAGAGUGACCGAGUAUCUGGAUUCGUACCCUGAGCCGGAGCCGACAGGUGUGAACAAGUUUUUUAAAGGACUGGGAAACAAGAUGAAGCUCCUACAGAUUAAGUGAAAAAAGAACAACACCCUGGCUUUUAAUUCAAAGACUGAGUAAUUUAAAACAGAACACUUGUUGCUGCUGGACUGACUGAGGAAAUGAAUGUGGAUCAGAGUCUUGUGUCUGGAUGUGAAUGGGACAGUGUAGAGUUAGGCUAUGAGAGGACCGUGUAUGCAUGUUUGAGAGCAAUGCACUCAUUGGAUGAAAACUGGAAACACUUUUUAUAUUUCUUGUCUAGCGUUGUUGUGUGAAGCCUUGAGGACAAGGCACUGUGUCCUUGUGAAACUACAAAAAAAAAAAACAUUCCAGCUAAUUAACCUCAGUAAUCAACCUGAAUGUGCGCAGUUGUAACUAUUUGCUCUUUGUUCUUGAACACAAACAUGUUUACUUCCAUAUUCAGAUCAGCUCUGCUGCACAACUUGUGCAUUUUACAAUAAAUACAACUUUAACGUUACAUUUCAGUCUUUGUACUUAACUGAAAAUGGUUCUAACCUGAUGCAUGUUUUUAUAAAUUUUUUGUAAAAUUCUUUUUUUCUUUUCUUUUUUUUAUAUUUCCUCUCAGCACAAACUGUAAAAACCUUUUGUUUACUGUGUAAUUGUUUGCAUUUCAGAUCAAGUGGAGGUUCAUUAACUCUGAUCAGGACAUUUCAAAGUAUUGAGAGUCCAGGUUAAACCUCACCAAUCAGCAUGAGUAUUUAGAUUUUGUGGAAAUUAAGUCUUUUUCUUUUGUCCUUGACUUCCUCCCUGUUAACUGGAGUUGUAAAUAUGUUUUUUACAUUUUGCACAUGUUGAGAACCAGUGUACAGUAUUUGGAAUAUUUUUGUAUCAAGGCAUUGCAUGUCCUAUGUACUUUAUAAAUAAAUGGGCUCCCAAGGACAGUA